AUGCUGAAUAUAACUUUUGUCGCGAGGGUUAAUCAAAGCACGAAUCAGACAUUUACACUCUGUGUGUCAAGUCUUCUGUGGACUGGGCGAAAUGAAGGGUCAAGUAUCAGCGCGGGGUCGUUCGUCGCGCAACUUGUUGGUAAAGCCGAUCCUCAGUUAGUACAAAGACGCCUACCAAAAAUUGAUUGGGCCAAAUCGCACCUUGUGGAGGCCAAAAUCAGCGUGAUCUAA